AGGGAAAAAAGAAAAGUGUUACAUUAUCGUCGUCCAUCGGUUAAUCCCUAACUUUUGACGCUGUCUUUCGACUCGCACACUCUGCCGCCUCCUUUUCGCCGGCGAUUUUCUCUGUUCCGACACCGGAAUCCCCCGGCCAUCACUUCGACCGCAGUCUCCGAUGAGUUGCUCUUCCGGAACAGUAUUAUCAGUAUGUGCAUCACUCUCUUCUCCGCUGCCUCCGUCUCGCACGCCCAAUUCCAAUUCCAAUUUGCUUUCGUUUUCAUGGCUUUCUUCAUUUUCCUCUUUAACUUUGAGUGCAUCUCGCUCCGCUAAAAACCCUUCCAAUCCCUCACGCUCCCAGGAUUCUUUCAUUCGAGCUGCCUAUACCCGAAGAUCUCGUGGUGAAGCUGCAAAGAAGCCAAGCAGGAAAUCAUGGAAGCAAAGGACAGAUAUGUACAUGAGACCAUUCUUGUUAAAUGUUUUCUUCUCAAAAAGAUUUAUUCAUGCAAAAGUGGUACACCGUGGAACAAGCAAAGUCAUAUGUGUUGCUACCACAAACGCUAAGGAUCUUCGAAACUCCCUUCCAUCCUUGAUAGAUCAUGACGCAUGUAGAGUAGUUGGAAGGCUUAUUGCCGAGCGAUCAAUGGAAGCUGAUGUAUUUGCAGUGGCGUAUGAACCCAGAAAGGAUGAAAGAAUUGAAGGUAGACUAGGGAUCGUUCUUGAUACAAUUAAGGAAAACGGGAUUAUUUUUAUUUGACCUCAUUUUGAACUACUAGUAGUGUAACAGAUAUUAUUUGAUUGUUUAUGGUUCAUUUCUGCAUUAA